AUGCACCUGCUCACGACGGUGGAGGCGGGAUUGGUGGACAUACUGUCGUUUGGCCUUCCCGGGGCAAGGAAGCCUGGGACGGACGUGACACGCGGAUUGCGCGUCGGGAUCAAGAGGACCUGCGAGGAGCUGCUUCCGGAGGCGAUCGGACUGUCGGAUGGGUUUGGAUUCACGGACUGGGAGCUGGAUAGCGCGCUCGGUGCCUUUUAUGGAAACGCCUACGAGAACUUGUGGAAGAGAGCGCAGGCAAAGCCACUGAACCGUGGAGAUGCCGCCGGUGCUUAUGAGGUUGAAGCACAUUAA